UUAUCUUUCUUGAAACUGCUCACUCGUCACUUCCCUCUUUCCACUUCCCAGCUCACCAAAGGAGUGUCUUUUCUUUUAAUCAAGUUAGUUGUUUAUAUUUAACAAUCUAGAGUUAAGGAUUUUUGUUUUGGUUUUGUUUUUCGUGCUAAGAUUUAAGGAUUUUAAAGAAUGGACACAAAAGUGCUUUCUUCCGGAGUUCAGUACUCAAAUCUACCGGAGAGUUACAUCCGACCCGAGUCGGAGCGACCUCGUCUUUCCGAGGUUUCGGAGUGCGAGGAUGUUCCUAUCAUCGACUUGGGUUGUCAAAAUAGAGCCCAGAUUGUUCACCAGAUCGGUGAAGCCUGCAGAAACUAUGGUUUUUUCCAGGUGAUUAAUCACGGGGUGGCUUUAGAAGCCGCAAAGGAAAUGGCAGAGGUGGCACAUGGAUUCUUCAAGUUGCCAGUGGAGGAGAAGCUGAAAUUGUACUCUGAAGACCCCUCAAAGACAAUGAGACUGUCCACUAGUUUUAAUGUUAAAAAAGAGACGGUGCAUAAUUGGAGGGAUUAUCUUAGACUUCACUGCUAUCCUUUGGACAAAUAUGCUCCUGAAUGGCCUUCUAAUCCACCCUCUUUCAAGGAAACUGUGACAGAAUACUGCACAUUAGUUAGGGAAUUGGGGUUGAGAAUACAGGAGUACAUAUCGGAGAGUUUGGGCCUAGAAAAAGAUUACAUAAAGAAUGUAUUAGGGGAACAAGGGCAGCACAUGGCAGUGAACUACUAUCCACCAUGCCCAGAACCAGAACUUACCUAUGGAUUGCCAGGGCAUACUGACCCAAAUGCACUCACUAUUCUGCUCCAAGACCUUCAGGUUUGUGGCCUUCAAGUUCUCAAAAAUGGCAAGUGGCUCGCCGUUAAUCCUCAACCUAAUGCCUUUGUCAUUAACAUUGGCGAUCAACUCCAGGCUUUGAGUAAUGGGCUUUAUAAGAGUGUGUGGCAUCGUGCUGUUGUCAAUGUUGAGAAACCAAGGCUUUCUGUGGCUUCAUUUCUUUGUCCAAAUGACGAGGCAUUGAUAAGCCCUGCAAAACCACUCACGGAAGGUGGAUCCGAAGCAAUAUACAGAGGAUUUACAUAUGCAGAAUACUAUAAGAAGUUUUGGAGCAGGAACUUAGACCAAGAACACUGUUUGGAAUUUUUCAAGAACAAGUAACCCAAGGGUAUCUUAAUAUUUUGUUUUUCACUCCUCCUUGUUAGUGCCACUUGCUUUUGUUGUUUUAUUGUUGGUGCAUUUGGUUAGUGCAAAUUGUAGUUUGUUACACAACUUCUGUGUCAGACGCUCAUGAUUUCUCUUGUGGUGAUAUAGCUGCAAGACUGAACUGCUUAUUCCUUUGCUUCAUGUGGAAGAGGUUACAUUUCCCGAGAAGCAAUCGUGCUAUAGUAGCUUUAUCUUAGGAAGAGAAAAAUGUCUUGUAAUAUUCAUAUGUUGAACCUUCAAAAUUUCCUAUUGCUGCUCAUGCAUUCUUGGUCUUAGAGAAGCGCUAAGGGAAAGUAUCUUAAUUUUAGAACUUUAUUAUUGUCAUAAUUCUGAGAAUAUGUUCCAUAAAUAUCAGUAUCUUGGGUUGCUUCCUAUCUUUUA